AUGGAGACUGGAGAAAAAGCUCUACCGAAAGUCGCCGUCGUGGUUUUCGUCGUCAAGGGAAACUCGGUGCUGUUAGGGAAACGCCGAUCUUCAAUCGGCCACUCCACUUUCGCUCUUCCCGGUGGCCAUCUCGAAUUCGGAGAGAGCUUCGAAGGAUGCGCAGGAAGAGAAGUUAUGGAGGAAACAGGGCUUGAGAUUGAGAAGACGACGCUUUUGACCGUCACAAACAACGUCUUCAACGAGUCACCGAAACCAUCUCACUACGUGACUGUGUUCAUGCGUGCGACGCUUGUUGAUCCGAGUCAGAGACCGGAGAAUCUGGAGCCGGAGAAGUGCGAAGGAUGGGAUUGGUUCGAUUGGUUGAAUCUCCCAAAUCCAUUGUUCUGGCCGCUUGAGAAAAUGGUGAGAAGCGGAUUUAAUCCCUUUACCAACGAUGAUGGUAACAUCAACGACUGA